AUGCACAAUCACCAUGGGCCAAGUGAUCCCAUCGCAAUCAUUGGAAUUGGUUGCCGCUUCUCAGGGGACGUCAGGACCCCUGACGAUUUAUGGAAGCUAUGCGCCGAGGGACGCGAUGGAUGGUCAAAGAUACCAAAGGAUAGGUUUUAUGCGCCCGCGUUCUAUCAUCCGGACUUUGAGAAAGAGGGAAUGACAAACGUGGUUGGCGGGCAUUUUAUCCGCGACGACGUUGCAUUGUUUGACGCGCCAUUUUUUGGCUUUUCCGAAGAGACGGCUAGCUCUCUUGACCCCCAAAUUCGAAUGCUGCUCGAGCUCACAUUUGAGGCAGCGGAAAAUGCCGGGCUCACAAUGGACCAAUUAGUCGGCAGUAAUACCUCCGUCUACAUGGGGUCCUUCAGUCGUGACUACCACGAUUCGCAACACCGUGACCCUGACAUGCUCCCGCGCACCAUGCUCUCCGGAAACGGCGUCGCCAUGCUGUCUAACCGUAUUUCGCACUUUUUCGACCUGCACGGCCCGUCCCUAACCACCGACACGGGCUGCUCCGCCUCACUGGCCGCGCUACACCUCGGGGUCCAAUCCCUGCGCGCGGGCGAAUCUGACAUGGCCCUCGUCGGCGCCGCGAACCUCCUCCUGAACCCGGACCCAUUUAUCGUCAUGUCAGGGCUUGGCGUUCUGGGCCGUGAGGGCAAAUGUUUUGCUUGGGAUGACCGGGCUGAUGGGUACGGCAGGGGUGAGGGCGUGGCGACGGUAUUGCUCAAACCGCUGGACAGGGCGCUCAAGGAUGGUGAUCCGGUCCAUGCAGUGAUCCGCGAGACGGCGCUAAAUCAAGACGGGAAGACGCCUACCAUUACGGCCCCCAGCCCGGAAAUGCAGGAGGCUUUGGUACUGCAGUGUUAUAGACGGGCGGGGCUGGACCCGGCGCAGACGGCCUACGUGGAGGCACAUAUGACAGGUACUAAGACAGGAGAUCCUGUUGAGGCCAGCGCCAUUGGACGUGUAUUCGGUCAGGCGAGAGAUCCCAACAGCCCUGUCAUGGUUGGAUCCGUCAAGACCAACCUGGGGCACCUAGAGGCAGCCAGCGGUAUAGCAGGCAUUAUCAAGGCCACAAUGGCUCUGAAACGGGCGCAGAUCCCGCCCAACCUGAACUUCGAAUCUCCCAAUCCGCGGAUCGACAUGAACGCGCUGCGUGUCAUCGUCCCUUGUAAACUGUCGCCGUGGCCGCGUGACAUGCCGCUUCGUGCAUCUGUCAAUAACUAUGGCUACGGUGGGACCAACGGCCACGCCAUACUUGACGCGCAUUCUCCAGUAGCCGAAGGCGAGACAAGCGAUUGCGUGCGAUGGCAUCUUUUUGUGCUCAGCAGUAAGGAGGCAAAGGUGACGAGAAGGAUGACAACAAGAGUUGCAGACCACCUGACCACCAGCUCCAACCAACCAAAUCUACAGGAUCUGGCCUAUACUCUUUCGCACCGGCGUACGCAUUUCCCCUGGAGGACGGCCAUGUCCGCAUCUAGCCUGACAGAGCUCGCAGACGCUUUGAAUAACGUCGCAAAAACAACCAUUGCAAACGGUCUCAAGUCCGCCCUUAAAGUUGCUUUUGUCUUCAACGGUCAAGGUGCCCAAUGGUACGCCAUGGGUCGCGAGCUUUCAGCAUACGCCACGUUCCGCCAGUCCAUGGCGAGGGCAGACGCGGCGCUGAGGAGGCUUGGAGCCCAAUGGUCGCUUCUCGAGGAGCUCGGCCGCGAUGAGCACACCACGCGCGUUGAUGAGCCUUGGCUCAGCCAGCCAGCAUGUGUGGCCCUGCAGAUCAGCAUCGUCGACCUGUUGGCCGAAUUCGGGAUCCGGCCGACCGGCGUGGUCAGUCACUCGAGCGGCGAGGUUUCGGCGGCGUACGCGGCCGGAGUGUUAACCUUUGAGCAGGCCCUCGGCGUGGUCUACCUCCGCGGUGCUUUGACGGAAAGAUACCACCAUCUCAAUAAUACGCAGGGUGGUAUGCUGGCCGUGGGGCUGGGGAGUGAACAGGUGCUACCUUAUUUGGCUCCCACCAAGGGCAAAGUGACAGUGGCCUGCGUGAAUAGCCCCGAGAGUACGACAUUGUCGGGGGACGUUGACUGUAUCGUUAAGAUUGAACAAAGCUUGAAAACAGACGGUAUCUUUGCGCGGAGGCUAAGGGUCGCCUCAGCCUAUCAUUCGCCUUACAUGAAGCCGAUGGCCUCUGAAUACCUCGAGGCAUUGGAAACACUCUUGAAAUCACCCAGGAAGCUCAAAGAAGACGUCAUUUAUGCUUCACCCGUCACUGGAGACAUCAGACGCCGAGGGGAGGCUCUUGGGCCUCAGAACUGGGUGGACAACCUUCUACAACCUGUCCUCUUUGCUCCAGCCUUGGAAAAACUCUGCAAUGAAGGUGACGACUUCAGUGGGAGAGUCAACAUGCUUUUAGAAAUUGGCCCACACUCGGCUCUAGCAGGUCCGAUCCGACAAAUUUUGACCAGGUCUGACACUCUCCGGGCCCGCAACAUCACCUACGCAAGCGCUCUCGUCCGUGGGCAGCACGCAGUGCAGGCCAUCCAAGCGGCCACCGGUAUGGUUUGGGCCAACGGAGGCUCAGUGGACCUGGCAGCCAUAAACAUGUACAAGGAAGCAACAGUGCACGUGCUGAAUGACCUACCGCCGUACCCCUGGAAUCACUCAACCAGGUAUUGGCGCGAGCCGAGGGUCAACAUUAAACACCGAUUACGAAAGCAUAUCCGUCACGAGAUACUUGGGUCAUUGAUGCUUAACAGCAGCGACACGUCGCCAACGUGGCGAAACUUUCUUCGGCUUUCCGACAUCCCAUGGCUGCGCGACCACGUCGUCGGCGGGGAUGUCAUAUUCCCUGCCGCGGGCGGGAUCAGUAUGGCUAUCGAGGCCAUGAAACAGCUGCAGGAACAAAAAGAUGACAACAGUAGCGACAAGUAUGGGCAUAGGCUGCGUGAUGUGCGCAUUACCAACGCCCUCGUCAUUCCCGAGACGAUGGAGGGUAUUGAAGUACAAUUUUCCCUUCACAGGUGCGAUGACGGCAAGAUGCUCGAGCCCGGUUGGUACGAGUUUUCGCUGCAUUCACUGCGCGACGGCAGCGACGGGAGUACAGAGCACUGCCAUGGCUACGUGUUACGGGUGUCGUCUGGGUCACCGACGAGGGCUGCAUGGGCGUCUUCCCCUCCUAUUGCCGGUUAUUUGUCUCCCCAACUCAACAUGUCGACAGCGGCAACAAAAGUGAUUACCCCCGAGCAGGUAUUUCAAGACCUCCGCAACAAGGGACUGUUCCAUGGCCCAUCCUUCAACAACCUCCUAAAUGUGUCUACAUAUCAAAAGUCUUGUUACGUCGACUUUGAAAUAUGUCAAGACCUUGAACAUGUGGAAAGUUAUAUCUUACAUCCGACGACGUUGGACUCAGUCUUGCAGGCCGCUUUCCCGGCCCUUUCGGUCGAAGAGCUAGACAGAGCGAUGGUAGUGCCAAGCCUCAUGGCCGAGAUGGAAAUCUCCGCGAACCUUUCCAACAAACCCGGCACGCAACUUAAAGCCACCUCUCAGAUCCACACCGGCGAUCGCUCCGGCUUCCGGGCCAGCAUCGAAGUCGCUACCACUCAGUCCACAAUGCCACUGCUCAAAAUAAAGGACCUGAUCUGCACGGCCAUGACGGGGCGGGGCAGGGAGUCAUCAUAUUUGGCCCCCAAGCCUGGCAGGAAGAACAUGAUGAACCGCCUCGAGUGGCAACCCGACGUGACGCUCGCAACACGCCGCCAGCUCGAAGACCCACUAAGACUCCAGCCCAACGCCAAGAUGGUGACCCAAGUCAGGCGAUUGUGGCGCGCAGUGCUUCACAUGAUCAGCGACACGCUUGCCCGCACCACCGACGCUGACGUGACGGUCAUGGAGUGGCACCACCGGCGGCUGCACGAGUGGAUGAAAGCCCAGCUGGCGUUCGCAGAUGAGUCCGGCUUGGUAUUGCGGCGGGCCAGCGAGGGCCUGAAGCGGCAGCUGUACGACGAGGUGGCGGCCCAGAGCGUCAACGGCGAGCUUGUGCGGCGGGUUGGGCUGCGGCUGCACGACAUCAUGACGGGCAAGGUGACGCCGCUCGAGGUUAUGACCGAGGGUGGUCUGCUGAACCGGUACUACGAGAUGGAUUUCAGGCUAAAAAACUGCUAUUGGCAGGUGGGACAGCUGGUACAACGUUUGGCGUUCAAAGAGCCUCGUGCUAGGGUCCUUGAGGUCGGUGGCGGCACGGGCGGGUGCACACUGGCGGUCCUCGAGGCGCUGACGAGGGAUGCAACCCGCGGCAGGUUUGACUUUGAGUCCUACACCUUUACCGACGUCUCGGCUGGGUUUUUCGAAGCCGCAUUAAACAAACUGGCAGACUGGGGGGAAAUGGUUGAUUACAAAACGCUUGAUAUCGAGCAGGACCCAGAAGAGCAGGGGUUCGAGGCCGGCGCGUAUGACUUGAUCAUUGCGUGUCAAUGCCUGCACGCGACCAGGAAUAUGGAGCAUAGCCUGACCAACGUUCGUAGGCUGUUGAAGCCAGGCGGGCGACUGCUGUUAGUCGAAACCACCAAAGACAUUCUCGACGCGCAAAUCAUAUUCGGUACACUGCCGGGGUGGUGGUUGGGUGAAGAAGAGAGCCGCAAGGACGGUCCAAAUCUCAAGUUGGGAGAAUGGGAGAGCCUUCUGCCGAGGACGGGCUUUUCUGGAUUCGAUGUUUCAGUCAGAGACUGCGAGGAUGAUGAUAAUUACUCGUUCAAUGUCAUCCUGACCACGGCCGUGGGCGAACCCAUAAUUCCAAACAGCAUUGUUAUCAUCUGCCCAGACGCACAAGGUCCAUCCCAGACAUGGCUAGAUGAUCUCACAUGCGCACUGCGAUCCUCACUCCCGGAGAAACAAGCCAUUAUCUCUAUAGAUACGCUGGCCUCGGCUAGACCGCAAGAUAAGGUCUGCAUCGUGUUGCAGGAGGCAGUUAGUCCUCUGCUAGCCACUGUGAGCAGCGAGCAAUUCGCCCAGAUACAGCGUUUGGUAACAAGUUCCAAGGCUGUCCUCUGGGUAUCUUGCGCCGGCGUCAUCACAGGUUCGAAGCCAGAGCUUGGGAUGCACACGGGGCUGCUGCGCACCCUUUGCACAGAGGAUGCCAGUCGACGCUAUGUGUCUCUUGACCUGGACCCUAACAACCCCCCUUGGUCUAUCGAGAAUAUUCGGCAUAUCGCAGCAGUUCUUGCCGUUUCGCUCGACUUCUCCACGCCCAGACAUGAGGUCGAUCUUGAGUACGCCGUUCAAGAUGACAUAAUCUACAUCUCGAGAUUAUACGAAGACGACCAGGAGUGCCAAAAGACUUUUGGCUGUAGCCAAGGCAUGGAAGACCAACCUAUAGAACUUCUCCCGUUUGAGAAGACGCAGACUGGCCACAACCUGCGGCUUUGCGUCGGCAAGCCCGGCCUGCUGGACACACUCCGCUUCGAUCAGGUCGUACCUGACGAGCCGCCGGCCGAAGAUGAGCUCGAAAUCGAGCCCCGCGCUUUUGGGCUCAACUUCAGGGAUGUGCUUGUCGCGUUGGGCCAGCUAAGCGAGGAGACCAUGGGAUACGAGUGCAGCGGCGUGGUGCGGCGCCUGGGUUGCCUCGCCGCCAAACAUGGUGGUUUCCGCCCGGGGGACUUUGUGUGUGGCAUUCUCCGCGGCCACUUUGCCACGACGGUACGAGUCAAUUGGGAAUGUAUGGUGAAGAUGCCGACCACCGUGCUUCAGUCGUUUGUAGACGCUGCCACAAUCCCGAUGGCAUUCGCUACAGCAUAUUACAGCCUGGUAAAUAAGGCCGAGCUAUCGUCAGGGGAAACGGUCCUCAUUCACUCGGCUGCGGGCGGCGUCGGCCAGGCGGCCAUCAUGUUGGCUCAGCACAUCGGGGCUAUAGUUUACGCUACCGUCGGCGACGAGGUUAAACGUGACUUUGUCGUACGGCGCUAUGGGAUACCAGCUCAGCGCAUCUUCUCCAGUCGCGAUAGCUCCUUUGCUAAAGCAAUUAUGACUUCGACUGGCGGCAAGGGUGUCGACGUGGUUCUCAACUCGCUAUCAGGGGCCCAGUUGCAGGAGACGUGGGCAUGCAUGGCACGUUUUGGCCGCUUUGUCGAGAUAGGGAGGCGGGACCUGGAGGCGGGACGAAGCCUCGAUAUGGCACCGUACGGCCGAGCCGUGUCUUUUACGGCCGUUGACAUAUUCCAGCUGGGGCUUUAUAAAGCAGAAGUUCUGCAACAGGUAUUGCGUGAGGUUAUGAACUUGUUUAAGAGUGGACAAGUCCGACCAGUUGGUCCUGUGACGACCUUCUCCAUGGGCGAUUCUGCUAAGGCUUUCAGGUUUAUGCAGAGCGGAAAGCACAUGGGGAAGAUUGUGAUUAUUACUGGUCCAGAAGACAAGGUCAAGGUCGCCAGGACGGUACCACCAGCAGUCUUCAAAUCGGACAGGACAUACCUCUUGGCCGGAGGCGUUGGUGGUAUUGGUUUAUCAAUCUCUAAAUGGUUGGCCAAACACGGUGCUCGUAACCUGCUUCUCGUAUCUAGAUCUGCCGAAAGGUCAGCCGACGCCAAAGCGGUGGUCGAAGAGUUGAUGCUUUCAUAUGGAUGCAAAGCACUUCUCUACUCGUGCGAUCUUGCAGAUCCACCCACCGUUAAAAAGAUGCUUACAGAGGUGCAAAGCCAUUUGCCUCCCGUGAAAGGAGUUAUCCAGGCAGCCAUGUCUUUGAAUGAUUCCAUUUUUGUCAACAUGACCUACAAGGAAUGGCAAGCCGCCAUCCGACCCAAAGUUGCCGCAAGCCUCUUGUUGCACCGCCUUCUCCCUACCGAGAUGGACUUCUUUAUCAUGCUUUCCUCACUCUGCGGCAUUGCCGGGAACGUAAGCCAGGCAAAUUACGUCACCGGCAACGUUUUCCAAGACCAACUCGCCCGCCACCGCUCCUCUGCCGGCCUGCACGCCGUUUCAGUGAACCUUGGCCGCGUUACCGAGGUCGGAUGGGUGGCCAGCAUGCCGCCCGAGGUUUCGGCCCGCUUGCACAAGACAGGCCUCGAUAUUAUUGACGAGCACGACCUGCACCGCAUUAUUCACGCCGCCACGGCACGGCGACCACCCCACGACCACCCCACCUUCAGUCACAUGGUGACAGGGAUCCGCGAGUUUGACCGUAACUCGGGCGUCGUCUGGCUGACUGACAAGCGGUUCCAGCCGCUGCGCAACCACGAGCGCUCCGUCACUGCCCUGGGAGACGAUUCAAAAGCCGACCCCGGCAUUGAUCGGCGGCGCGCGAGUAAAAGGACUACGACGCUGUCGGAUUCCCUGCGGGACGUGCGGUCAGCCGGAGGAGCGGUUGAGACGGUGGAGAAGGCCGUGGUCGGAAAACUGGCGGACAUGUUUGGUCUAGACCCGGGCGAAAUUGACCUGCGUCGGCCUGCGGGCGUCUACGGGGUUGACUCGCUGGUCGCGGUGGAGCUGCGCAACUGGCUCGUCGCGGCGGCCGGGGCCGACGAUAUGAGUAUAUUCGAUGUUCUGCAGAGCCCCAGCCUAGGGGCGUUGGCGGCUAGGGUGGCGGAAAAGAGUCGCUAUGUGGUGUCUUUGUUUACGUCGGUUGGGACCACUGUUUGA